AUGGUGUUGCUGGCGCCUUCGAUUAGUGCAUUAAGAAAAUUGAUUCGAGUCUGUGAGGAAUAUGCUGUCUCGCAUGGACUAAUGUACAAUGUAAAAAAGACUGAGUAUAUGGUCUUUGAGGUUGCCAGUGGAGAGUUCUGUGCUCCUAUAAUGCUCAAUGGAACUCCAUUGAAGAGAGUUUCGCAUUUUAAAUAUUUAGUACACUAUAUUGCCGACGACCUUAAAGACAAUAUGGACAUAAAAUGCGAGCACAAGACACUGUCGGUGAAAGCGAACUUGCUGGCUCUCAGGUUUGCUCAAUGUAUGGUGGAGGUGCAGGUCACCCUUUUGCGAGCCUAUUGCACACCACUGUAUGCGGGUGCCCUGUGGGCCAGCUAUACCCAAAGCUCGCCCAGAGUCCUGCGCAUGCAACAUGACAACGCCUUUGGGACGCUGCUGCAGCUACCAAGGCUCUGCAGUGCGUCUGCCAUGUUUGCUGACGCUCGCGUUGAUAGCGCUCUUCAUGGCGCUCUUGCAGAAGAAGAUGGCGUCUUCGUUUAUGUGGUAGCUACGGCCUUCUGA